CUCAUUCCUGUAUUGUUAUCCCAGGACAUACAGGACACAAAAAUGGCGGCAUCCCUAAUGAAUCACUUAGGGUUUCGUGUGUUAUGCUUCACAGUUUUGUUCAUCAUGCUACCAUUAAUGUCCCACUGCGCAGAUCCCGAUCCACUGCAGGACUUCUGCGUCGCAAUUCUGAAUAACGGCUCCUCCUCUAUCCCGGGCAUCAAUGGCUUCCCCUGCAAACCAGCGUCCGAGGUCACCUCAGAGGAUUUCUUCUUCGACGGGUUCACCAAAGAGGGAGACACGACGAAUAACGUAUUCGGAUCAGCUCUGAGUCCGGGGAACGUGCUCACGUUCCCGGGGCUGAACACGCAGGGGAUAGCGAUGAACCGGGUGGAUAUUGCCCCGGGCGGGAUGAACCCGCCGCACUCGCACCCGCGGGCGAGCGAAGCGGGCGUGGUGAUUCAGGGGAAGGUGCUGGUGGGGUUCGUGACGGCGGCGGGGAACGUUUUCUACUCCAAAGUGUUGAGGAAAGGGGAGAUGUUUGUGAUCCCCAGAGGAUUGGUGCAUUUCCAGAUGAAUGUGGGGAAGAAUAAGGCGCUGCUUUUCACGGCGUUCAAUAGCCAACUCCCCGGCGCCGUUGUCCUGCCGUUAACCCUGUUCGGUUCCAAGCCUCCCAUUCCUGAUGAGGUCUUGACUAAGGCUUUCCAAGUAGAUGCCGAGGUUGUUCGUGGCAUUAAGGCUAAGUUUGGUGCUUGAAUUGAUUGAAUUGUGGUCUUCCAUUCCCACACUUUGUUUGUUUGUUUGUUUUUUUAGUAUUCAAAAAAAAAAAAAAAGUAAAUAACUGAAAUUACACAAAUAAUUCAACUGUACUCAUUCAAUAAGUACCUAUUUGGUUUUCCUAUGAU